UGUCUCAAUGCAAUAACCAUAUUCAAGAUACUGUUGAUAGAUAAUAAUCAAAAUUAAAUACACAAAUUAUUGUAAUAGUUUGUGCGUGAGAUGUAAUCUUUAAUUUUGCAUUAUAAAAAAAUAAAAAAUAACUAAACAAAUACAUCUGACAAAACACUUUUUAUCACUCUUCUCACCUAAAUAUCUUAUUGAACUUGUGAUCCUCUUAUCUUAGAUAAACACUUGAAGAUUUGAAAUUAUAAAAUUGUGAUGUGAUAGAAAUUCUAUUUUAAAUAAAACAUUCUUAGAACGAAACGGUUGCCUGUGUAUAGUUCUUCUUAAAAUCAAAAAAUUCCACAUCAGUAGAAAAAGAAAAGAGAUACAAGAGUUACAUAAACCACCAUUACGUGUUUAAAAGUGAAAAUUAUGAAAGCCUUUUUGGUAACCUUGAUUUUAGUCUUCAGUCAAUAUAAAGUAUACGCUCAGGAAUCAUGUUGCGAAGACUACUGUUUAGGAAGGGAUAAUGAGCAACUUCAAAAACGUACAUUCACUUCAAAAACUGCCUACCAAUUUGUGAGGGGUACGGACUUGGAUAUAGGUUUCCAGGUGCCAAAUUGUACAGCAAAGAAAGUUUGGAUAACGAGCAGACAUGGAACAAGACUACCCUACCGCGAUACUAUACUCAAUGCACCAAAACUUGAAGAGAUUAAGACUCAAAUAUUAAACAAUUAUUUAACCCUACAAACAAAACCGGAAACUGGAGCCUUGUGUAUGGAAGAUUUUCUGUCUAUUCAAUCAUGGAAGUUCAAUUCAACAAUAACACCAGAAAUGGCAAGAUUAUUAACAUUUCAGGGAUGGGAAGAUUUGAAAUAUUUAGCGAUAACUUUACAGAAAAUUUUUCCCAAUAUCCUGUUGAAAGAAUAUGAUUCUGAACAUUUUGUGUUUCAUCAUACUCAAAAUCAACGAGCCGAAGAGAGUUUUAAGGCAUUCUCUGAAGGUCUUUUUGGACCAAAUGUCUAUCAAAAUAUUAAAAGACAUAUAGUUCCAGAAAUAAAUGAUACUCUCUUGCGUGGAUACUUAGGUUGUCCAAUUUGGAAAGAAAAUAAUUGGAAAAUGUAUAACACAAAAGAUACUGAGUACUAUAAAUUCAGGGAAAGUGAAACUGUGAAGGAAACUAUCGCUCAUACUUCAAGAAGACUUGGAUUCGAGACUCCUCUUGACUUUAAGGACAUAGAGCUUAUGUGGGAUAUAUGUCGGUUAGAACAAGCUUGGUAUGUUAAUCGGUCUAGUAUCUGGUGUGGGGCGUUUACACCUGCACAACUUAUAACAUUGGAAUACCUCGAUGAUCUUAAGUUUUAUCAAAAUUCAGGCUACGGUCAUAAAAUAAACUCUCGAGUCUCUUGCAAUCUUGCUAAAGAUAUGCUUAAGAAGUUGGAUAACGACGAUGACCCAGAUGCUGUUGCAUAUUUUUCACAUUCAAACACAAUUGAAACUUUGAUUACAGCUUUAGGAAUAAACAAAGAUACUGUUCCACUAAAAGCUAAUAAUUUUGCAACUAUGGCUGAUCGAAAGUGGAAAACCAGCAUUAUCAAUCCGUUCGCUUCUAAUUUAGUGGCUGUUAAAUUUGAAUGUUCAUCGGAAGACUCGAAUGAAGAUGAUGAGAAAGCAAUGUUUUUCCUUAAUCAAAAACGUGUAGAAUUUGAUUGGUGCACUCAAGGACUUUGUGAUUGGUCUAAUGUAUUGAAAAAUUACGAAACAUUGUACAAAGCCAAUUGUACUGAAUACUUCUGUAGUACGUCUAAUGGAGAAAAACUUACUGCAGUUGCAUUAACAAUGUUAUCAUUUUUGAUUGUAACAAAAGGUUUAUUAUUUUAACAAAACAAAAACAAAUAGAUAAAUUAUUUAAUAUUAUGUUUUAAAGUUUAAAAUAAAUUUACCAAAUAAGA